AUGAAAGCUGGUGAUCUUCCAAUUUAUGGAGGUUUAGUAGAUGAGAAGAAGGAAUAUGUUCUCGUCCCUAAACCAGAUUCGAAAAUUCGUUCUUAUUUAUACAGCAUUAUUACCCCCACUCGCCAAUCCAUUGUCGAUUGGUAUGGAACAGCGGAGUCAAAUUCACAAAAAUCUGUGAAAUUCGUGGUUGAAAAAUCAAUGAGCGUUUAUAAACACAUUGAAGAUGAUCCUGUAAUCCUCGCAAGGGGUGGCUUCAUUACUGUUUGUGGUUUGGGCGGUAUUGUACUCGGUAGUAAAGGUGGUGUUUUGCGCCAAAUUGCUUACGGUUGCCUCGGGGCCGGUGGUGGAACUGUGAUGUGUUAUCCUAAUUGUUCCCUCAAAGCAAUAAAUUAUGCUUGGGAUGCAGGCACUGGGAAGUUGUUAGAAUCUACAGAGAUGGUCAAGCGAAAGUUUAAAGAGUAA